UUUCUGCUUCACAGAUCAAGCAGAGAAUGGUCACAGACAGAGAAAGAGAGGUAACUAUGGAGGUAAAAAAUGAGACAAGAAUCCAGGAAUUCAUUCUGGAGGGGUUUCCUGCUGUCCAGCACCUAGGGAGCCUCCUCUUCCUGGUGCACCUGCUGGCAUACCUGGCCUCGAUGACAGGCAACAUGGUGAUAAUCAUCAUCACCUGGGUAGACCGUCGCCUCCAAACACCAAUGUAUAUUUUACUCAGUACUUUCUCCUUCUGUGAAUGCUGUUUCAUCACCACAGUGAUUCCUAAACUGCUGUCCAUCUUUCUUUCAGGAAGGCAAACAAUUCCCUUUACUGCUUGCCUCGUACAAGCCUUUCUCUUUUUAUUUCUUGGAGCAGUAAUUUUCUUUCUCAUGGCUGUGAUGUCCUUGGAUCGUUACCUGGCCAUUUGCAAGCCUCUGCACUAUCCAUCCAUCAUGAACUUGAGGAUUAGUUUCCUUCUGGUUUUCUUCUGCUAUACUUUGUCCUUCAUCUUCUUCACUUGUCUGAUGCUCAAGGUUUCCCAGUUAUGGUUCUGUGGCCCUAAUGUCAUUUCCCAUUUCUUCUGUGACCUUGGCUCUUUAAUUCAUCUCUCCUGUUCUGACACCAGAUCUAUUGAAAUAUACUUCUUCUUCCUUACCUCAUUUGUCAUUCUGCUAUCCCUCUUCAUAACCAUCAUUGUGUACAGCAACAUAAUAGUCACAGUGAUGGGACUCCCUUCAGCUAAGGAGCGACAGAAAGCUUUCUCCACCUGCUCAUCUCAUCUCAUUGUCCUCUUCCUGAUGUACGGCAGCUGUGUCUUUAUAUACUUGAAACCAAAGCAAACGAACAGGCUGGACUCCAAUAGAGAGGCUGCUCUUGUGAACACGGUGGUGACCCCGCUGCUGAACCCUGUCAUCUACACUCUACGGAACAAGCAGGUUCACCAGGCUCUGAGGGACACGCUGCCUAGGAAGAGGUUGCAAAAGUAG